AUGGAUUCUCCGCAGGACUUCAAAUUGCUGCAAGAGGGAAUUCAGAAGUCUCUAGUCUCCACCGUCAAAUCCAUCAAUCGCAUCGCUGCAGAAGACUUGAACUUUCAGAGAACAGUAAACCCCGACGUUGCGGAACAGCUCGAUGAUAAAUCCGUCCGCGUCCUCGAGCUGUCCGCACGACUUCUCGAAUCCGCGGCUAAAGCGUGCGGCCUCCAGACGCCCCGCCUCGAAGAUGCCGAAGAUAUCGACAUGAAUUGGAAGUCCGUUGUGGACGUUGUGGAUUCCGUCUUGGAGAGGGCUGACACAGCCUUGGACGAGUACACUGGCUUAAUCAAGAGAAAAGAUCCCCCGACCGCCGAUUCUGGCCCAAUGUCCAAGAGAACAAAAUCUACUGUCAAAGUUAUUCGAAAUGCCAACGUCACCAAGCCUCAGACCAUUUUUGAGAACAAACCAGACAACUUCCCCACUGGGCCCUGGAAACCGAUUCUAACCAAGAAACCACAUGCUACUGUAUCACUAGAGGAAAGUCUCGUGACAGACGAGACGGUAGACGGUACAUUACAAUUCAAGCAUCCGUAUGAGAUGGAAAUUUUAGAAACACGGUAUUCACAGUGGUUGUUCCAGAAAUCGGAGCCCCUACCUUCAAAGCCUGCCGAAUCCACAAAAGCCAUUUGGGUAGAUACUUUUGAGGGAGUUGAAGAUAUGCUGAAACAUCUAAAGAAGGCCAAAGAAAUUGCUGUGGAUUUAGAGCAUCACGACUAUCGAACAUAUGCGGGGCUUGUUUGUUUGAUGCAAGUAAGCACCCGAGAAAAUGACUGGAUUGUAGACACGUUGAGGCCUUGGCGUCAUAAACUCGAGGUUCUCAAUGAAGUCUUUGCCGACCCCAGCAUUGUCAAGGUUUUUCACGGUGCAUACAUGGACAUGAUUUGGCUCCAAAGAGAUCUAGGCCUGUACGUGAAUGGACUUUUCGACACUUACUUUGCUUGUGAUUUGUUACGAUACCCAGGCAGGAGCCUAGCGUUUUUGCUUUCCAAGUUCGUCAACUUUGAUGCCGACAAGCAGUAUCAAUUAGCAGAUUGGAGGAUACGACCAAUUCCCGGGGAAAUGCUGUAUUACGCUCGAUCUGACACCCACUAUCUGCUUUACAUAUUUGACCACGUUCGUAAUGAACUUAUUGAAGCUUCGGACAGGACCCAGCCAGAGACAGACCUGAUCAAGCAAGCAUUGGACAGGUCGAGAGAGCUAUCACUCUCGCGGCAUCAACAUCCAGACUGCAACGAAGCUACAGGUGAAGGACCAAGAGGGUGGUAUAAUUAUAUGCUUAAAAACUCACAUCUUAAUUUCGAUGAGAAACAGUUUGCUGUUUUCAAGGCUCUAUGGAAAUGGCGCGAUGAGACCGCCCGCCAAGAGGACGAAAGCCCCAACUUUGUGCUCGGAACCUCCAAUGUCACAGAAAUUGCGCGCGUCAACCCGCCCGACGUGAAAGCUCUGCACAGCUUACUUCCUCUAUCGGCACCGCUUGCUCGAGCAAGGCUGAAUGAUGUCUGGAACCGGGUUCUGGACGCCAAAGCUGAAGCCGGACCAAGCUUGCUGCAGUACUUUGCAUCCAUGGCACCCGAGACUGUAACCAAGGACAGAUUGUCAAGGCUUCCCAACGAGACUGUGCGGCUACCACAUCUGGAAGGGACAAGACUAGUAGUACCCAAGAUGACUCAGUCAAAACUCUUUGGCAGCAUGGCCGUCAGUUCGUUGUGGGAAGAAUCAAAGAAGCUCUCAGCAGAGCUAGGAGGUAACAUUCCAUUUCCUUGGCAACGAUUUGUCCAGGAUUCUGCUACAGCAUUGGGCGACGCACAUACCGAGUCAGUUGCUGGUCAAGUCAUAGAGGAACCCUCUUCAACGCUUGAGACACGGAAGACGGCCGUCGCAGUAACACUGGAAGACCAGGACGAAGAAUUUACUCUUAAGGCCGGUCGAAAGCGGAAGCAAGAGCAAGAGCCGGAACCGGAUCAAGAGGACACCACGUCAUCAUCUGGCGAAUAUGAAUUGGAACCCAAAUCUUCUACGGACGAGAAUGUUCCUCUGACUGGCGCAGAUGGGACUCUUUCUAUCGUGGAUAAGCCACGUAGAGCGAAAAAGAAACAGGGCCGAUCAGAACGAAGAUUACGAGAAGAGCAGCAGGAGACCGAACUUGCAAACAAGCGUGAAGCCAAACUCGCUCGCAAAGCUAAAAAGCAAGAGCAUCGAGCGAGGGUGGCGAAAGAGCAGGAGAAGAAGUAUUCAGCGGUACCGUUUGACUACAGCACGGCCCCGACAGUAAUGCAUGCUAGUCGGAACAACACUGUAGGGAAAGAGUCAAGGAAGGUGUUUGAUCCUUACACCAAGACUGCGGAUGAGGGCAUCAAGGGUGCAAGGAAGAUGCCUCCUGUAAGAGGGGAGAAGAGCGCUACCUUCAGGAAAUAG